GUCUGUCUGUGCGUCUGUUUGUGUGAAUAUGUUUGAGUCAGUGGUGGAAAGUAAAGUACAUGUGUACUCUAAGUGUACAAAGUACUUAAAACUGAACUCACUCCUCACUGCAAUGCAAGAACAAUGCUCUUUCUUUAUUUCCAUAGCUUAAUAAGCUGGUUUACUAGCUACAGCACAUUUCAGCUGAUAAUCGAUGGUUGCUGGGUAGAAAUGAUUACCCUGCUUUUGUCUACAUGUGUUAAUUAAGAGAUGAGAUAGACUUUAAUGAUCCCACACUGUGGAAAUUAUAUAUGAUUCAGUAAUCACUAAUUGACUUUAAUAAAGACAUCAGCAUGCAUGCCGUUCUUCACCAUCCUUUGCUCACCAUAAACGUAAAAAAGGUUAGACAGGUUAGAUUUGAUACAUGAUCCACACGUUUGAUGUCUUAAUUUCACCAUGAAACUAUUGUUGUCACCUGCAUGUCAUUGUAGCACCCUGCUGAAAGUAGUGAAUUUGCUACGUUAUUGUAAACUGCAUGCUGUGUGAAAGCAAAAAGCUUCACAGGCAUUGCCACAGUUACUAAGAUAGCGUAUACUCCACCACAGCAUAGUUUUUUGUUCUCCUACAUUUAUCUAAACUAUAUUCUAACUAAGAUAUGUUUAGACCAAAAUACUGAGCUAAUUAAAGGACCAGUGUGCAGGAUUUAGCAGCAUCUAGUAGUGUAGUUGCUGGUUGAAACACCGAAGGAGAAAAUAAGGGGGCUGCAAAACAUGCCAAAAAUGAACAAGGCCGUAUGUAAAGCUUGUGUUUAGUUUGUCCAUUCUGGGCUACUGUAGAAACAUGGCAGUCCAAUAUGGUGGACCAGCAGCAUCUGUAGAUUUAAAAUGCUCAUUCUAACAUAAUAAGAACAUAAAUUCUUAUUUUCAGCUGAUUAUACACAUAUUAAAACAUAGUUAUGAAUAUUGUGCUCCAUAUCUGACACAUUAUGUUCUUACACACUGAACCUUUAUGCUCUCUACAUAGUAUUAAAUCAACAUUACUAAUGAUAAUAAUACUCCAGUAGGCCUCUUUUCAGACAUUUUGAUAUGUCGCAGUAAGAAAAGCAAAGUGGUGUAAUGACUUUUUAAUCCGUAUGGACAAUAAAUAUGAAGGUACCACCAGUAGACAGUUAGCUCAGGACAAAAACUGGAAAACUUUUUAUAUAACUAAACAAAUAAGAUAUAAAAUGUUAUUCAGUGAGCUUAAGAGGGGCAGUGAGUUUUUUCCACCACUGGUUUGAGUGUCGUGAAUGAAAAGAUAUGUGAUAACUUACAAACCUGUUUGUGUGUGUGUGCAGUUCUUGUUGGUCUCAAGUUGUAAUCUGAGUUUCAUCUCGAGGCGUUGUGAGGGGACAGUAGGCGUGCAGAUUUGUUUUUCAUUACCGCUGGGGUCUGGACAGUGCUAUUGUUGUUACCAUGGCGAUCAAAGACAGCGCUCUAGCUCUCAUGUUUUGGCAUCAGAAGAUUUGUGCAUUUUCUGUUGAGGAGAAGGACGCCUGUGGCAGUGGUCUGGUUUUAGUUGUGGUUUGUUCCUUUGGUUUAUAGACUGUGAAGGUGUCUAUAAGAUGUAAUAUCUGUUUCCACUGACAACAGGAGUGUGUUGGAGCUCUGCAAAUUCUCUCCUAUCGUUCCUUUCAGAUUCUUUCUCCUCACUUUCAUGUUUAUGGCAUUGUUUCCAGUCAUCAUCACAUGAAAUGUGUUAUUUAUUCUGUUUUGUACUAAAGUCAUUGUUGUCUAACAUUCCCCUUCACUCUCCAUGUGUUACAUUUCUUCCUCCUCAACCUCCCCACCCCACUUCUUCCCCCCAAAGACCCCUUCGCUCCCUCGGAAGGUAGCACCAACGCGGCAGCAUCUUCAGGUCUAGACCUUUUCAGCAUGACGACAGCGGAGAAUAAUAACCCGGGUAGCUCGCUGGAUGCCUGUUUUAGCUCUGUGGUGCCCCAGCCGUCCCCCUCCCCUUCCCCGUCACCGCUCUUCACCUCUGCUUCCAGCACCAUCACCACCACUGCAACCAUUUCAGCUCCCAUAGCCCCCAGCGCCGUCAACCCUUCGACUGACCUUUUCAGCGAUCUCUUUGAUUCCAUGCCAGACACGAGCUUCACCACAGCAGCAGACCCUGCUCCCAGUGCUGACUUGUUUACAGCAGCGGAUGUGUUCAGCUCCCCUGCCCCCAUCCUCUCCUCCGCACCCCCACCCAAAAUUGACACGGGAGCCAUCAUGAACCUGUUUGGUGGUGGGUAACUCGCAUGACUGCCUGUCCUCUCUCUGUCUCCCCUGUUCAUGAACGCAUCGUCAGCGAAGACGAGUAGAAACAUCGACUCGAACAACUAAUAUUGUAUAAGUUUCAUGAUUUUGUGUUGUCAGGACUGAUAGAUAUCUUGUGGAUCGAUCAUGGAAGUAUCACAAGCAGACACCUGAGAUGAAGCUUGGUCAUGUUGAAAUAGUUGAAUUAUUUAUGAGCUGCAAGCUAUGAAUUUUGUGUGGGCUUUUUCCUUUCCUUUCCUUUUUGCUGGCCUCAGUGUCUUUAUUCAAAGUAUCAUUAGCACAGAUGAGUGUAUGUGUGCAUGUGUGAGUGUGUUUUAA